AUGGACGCGACGCGGGGCAUCGGCACCUUCGUGGUGUGGGACUACGUGGUGUUCGCGGGGAUGCUGCUCAUCUCAGCUGCCAUCGGCAUCUACUACGCCUUCGCGGGGGGUGGCCAGCAGACCUCCAAGGACUUCUUGAUGGGCGGCCGCAGAAUGACUGCCGUGCCCGUGGCCCUGUCCCUCACCGCCAGCUUCAUGUCGGCCGUCACCGUCCUGGGCACCCCCUCGGAGGUCUACCGUUUUGGAGCCAUAUUCAGCAUCUUUGCCAUCACCUACUUCUUUGUAGUGACCAUCAGCGCGGAGGUGUUCCUCCCCGUGUUCUACAAACUGGGAAUUACCAGCACCUACGAGUAUUUAGAGCUCCGAUUUAACAAAGGUGUCCGUCUCUGUGGAACAGUCCUCUUCAUUGUUCAAACAAUUCUGUAUACUGGAAUUGUUAUUUAUGCCCCUGCCCUGGCUUUGAAUCAAGUCACAGGAUUUGAUCUAUGGGGCGCAGUAGUGGCAACAGGGGUGGUCUGUACAUUCUACUGCACACUGGGUGGUCUUAAAGCUGUUAUCUGGACAGAUGUUUUUCAAGUUGGGAUCAUGGUGGCUGGAUUUGCAUCUGUAAUUAUACAGGCUACAGUGAUUCAAGGUGGGAUCAGCACUAUUCUAAAUGAUUGCUAUAAGGGUGGAAGAUUAAACUUCUGGAAUUUUGAUCCCAAUCCUUUGCAAAGACAUACAUUCUGGACAAUUAUUAUAGGAGGGACCUUUACAUGGACCAGCAUCUAUGGUGUCAACCAAUCCCAAGUGCAGAGAUAUAUUUCCUGUAAAAGCAGAUUUCAGGCAAAAAUGUCUCUCUACAUCAAUCUUCUGGGGCUCUGGGCAAUCCUCGCCUGCUCAGUGUUAUGUGGGCUUGCCCUAUAUUCCAGGUACCGUGACUGUGAUCCUUGGACAGCCAAGAAAGUAUCUGCACCAGACCAGCUCAUGCCUUAUUUGGUACUGGACAUUCUGCAAGAUUUUCCGGGACUUCCUGGACUUUUUGUGGCCUGUGCUUACAGUGGAACAUUAAGCACAGUGUCCUCCAGUAUUAAUGCUUUAGCAGCAGUAACUGUGGAAGAUCUAAUUAAACCUCACUUCAGAUCGCUCUCAGAAAGGUCUCUCUCUUGGAUUUCCCAAGGAAUGAGUGUGCUGUUUGGAGCUCUGUGCAUUGGAAUGGCUGCACUGGCAUCACUAAUGGGAGCUUUGCUGCAGGCAGCACUCAGCAUAUUUGGCAUGGUUGGUGGACCACUUCUGGGCUUGUUUGCUUUGGGCAUUUUGGUUCCCUUUGCCAACUCAAUUGGAGCACUUGUUGGCCUGAUGGCUGGAUUUGCUGUUUCUUUGUGGGUCGGAAUUGGAGCUCAACUUUAUCCUCCACUGCCUGAAAGAACUAUGCCACUAAGCCUUGAAACCUCUGGCUGUAACAGCACAUACAAUGUGACAAAUUGGGUGACAACUACAGAAAUGCCAUUUUCUACUAGUGCUUUUCAAGUACACAAUGUGGGAAGGACUCCACUGAUGGAUAACUGGUAUUCUUUAUCAUAUCUAUACUUCAGCACUCUUGGAACGUUGGUAACGGUAUUCAUGGGAAUGCUAAUCAGUUUACCAACAGGAGGAAGAAAACAAAACUUAGACCGCAGAUUCCUAUUAACCAAAGAGGACUUUUUAUCCAAUUUUGACAUUUUGAAAAAGAAGCAUAUUUUAAGCUGUAAAUCUCACCCAGUAGAAGACGGUGGAACUGAUAAUCCUGCCUUCAACCAUAUUGAAUUGAACUUCCCAGAUCAAAGUGGCAAGAUGAGUGGGACUCGUUUGUGAAACAUCUGUGAUACUAGAUGAUCUUAAACAGUGACCCAGUUAUAUAUGUUUUCUAAGAUACUUGGAUCAGGUUUAGAUUUCUUUUUGGGGGGAGGGUUCUAUAAUGAGUGAAGUUUUUGGGGAAACUUUUGGGGGUAAAAUUUUGUUAAAGCAAAGUGCAAACUCUUCACUUACUAAACUCAUUAAUUGAUGCUGCUCUGGAGUUAAGAGUUUCAGCAUUGGCAUUUCCCUCUAUUUCUCUUUUAUUUUAAUGAAGCUGUCAUUAUGAAAGUUAUGACCACAUAUAUGCUGAAGGAUUAACAUA